GAAAGACCAAGAACAGGUCUUAUUUUGGCUUGUGGGGUCACCUGAUACCUGUGACACGGUUAAUCUGCAGUCAUGAGGAUCCUUUACCUACUCUUUUCUCUCCUCUUUUUGGCCCUCCAGGUUUCUCCAGGACUGUCUUCGCCUCGGCGGGACAUGCUUUUCUGUAGAAAAGGAACCUGUCAUUUUGGAGGAUGUCCUGCCCACUUGGUUAAGGUUGGAAGUUGCUUUGGUUUCCGCGCCUGCUGCAAAUGGCCGUGGGAUGUAUAAGAUCUUUGUGGACUGUCCAAUGAAGAGCUCUGAAAAUUUCUUCUAAAUCUAGUAAUUUUCUUUGAAUUCCCUUACUGCUAAAACCACAGGAUCCUGAUACAAUAAAAUCUCAAGCAUCUUUCAUUUCUGAUACAAAAAGCUUUGUGAA